AUGCAGCAGCAAUACUGCAACUUUUGCAGAUCGCCGCUCAAUCCCAGAAAACCUGUCUUUAAGGAGCCAUCUUUCGACCGUUUGGCCUACACUCACACACUGGAAUCCACCCGAUACAAGGUAAGUCAGCUAAGUAGUUACAGUAAUUAUCCAAAGAAUUCUUUCCACGAUUGCGAGGCACCUACCGAUCUUCUUGAACGAAAACUCAGAUCCACCUACAACCAUCACAGAGAUUGGAACAAGGACAACGUUCACGCUGCAACACAACCGGAAACCUGCAUAAAAGGACACGGUCGUAUUCUUCUGAAUCGCGUUCUCGAUGCCAGAAUCCCAAAACCACCUCCGUACAAACCAUUCAUUCACUGGCAAUGCCCCUACAAAAACCACCCGUUGAAAAAUGACAAUUCAAUAACCGGCGUCCAUCUACAGGAAACCAAUGGUGGAUAUUCUCGACAACCAGAUGGCGGCUUUUACAGUAUCUGA